UGACGGUCUACCCCUACUGGCCAUGUAUGAGGUUGGUAUGGUGUGUAUAGCGGGGUGACACUACCACACCACCGAUCUAUAACUCUCUGACAAUGGUGCCGACCAGACAGGAUAUUGAUGCUUAAAGGCCUGUGUGUAUUGACUGGAAAUCAAACACAACACACACUGGCUUCUGUGCUGUGAUCCAGCCUCAUCCUACCCCUGUAGUGGUUGGGCUUACACAACGGCCAUUUGUUGGCGAGCUCUGUGAUCGUUACACUAGGAUUAAGUCAGCAACAAUCUGUGCACGUUAAACACCUAUUUUGUAUGUAUAUUUUCCUACAGUCUCAUUAUUCCACUUAACUCCAUUAAGACUGCGUCUUUUGUUUCUUCUGCUUGCCAGAGUUGUCGUCGUCUGGCUGUCGGAGUGAUUGGAAUUCCGAGUCAUAAUUAGAACGGGAACAGAGAGAGCAGCACUUGAGUGUCCAGCAUCCAUAGCUAACGGACCCGAGUUUUAAUGUGUUGUCAAUCAGACCCUGUAAUCUUUGCCCAAUUGAUCUCGAUCCUCCAGGAUACUUGCCCAAGUAAUCAGUGAGGACAUCAGCGUGGUGUAAAUGGUACAGAUUUGUUUGACCAUGAUGAUGGUUAAGAGAAGCUGGACCUUUGUCCAUGUACUGCUGUUAGGGCUGGUUGUCAUAUCAACUGUGGGGCUGGUUACCGCCGACCAAUCAAACUGCCAACUCUCAUUCCCGGAGAUGACCAGCGCUUCAGAGGAAAGCCACGCAAACGUGACAGAAUCUCAUGUCCAAAACUGUGAUAUUUAUAGCAACAUUCUGAGCAUGAUGGAAGAGUUAAAUAUCAUUACCAUUAAAACAAGUUCUUGUUAUGCCAUGAAAUGGAUUUCUAGGCAAGUGGCCAGUAAGUCCCCCUCAGACCGCUCGCGCGGGAUUACCAUCACAUUCCAAAUUGAGGAACAUUUUGACAGCAGCUUGAAGACAAACAGCAGUUCUGGUCAGGCAGGUUUGCCAGGAAUGAAAUCAGCUGGUAGUGUUACCACGACAAUAUGUCAUUCAUCGGGUGUACGACCGGGGUUCAAGGGUCAGCAGUCAAUGGCUAUGGUUCACGUAAAUAGCACUGGAGAAAACGGUGGCAAUUCAAACGCUUCUGCGAUCCUGGUCCCAACCAAAAACAAUGGAGACAACAAAAAGGAUCCUGGGUUGAGUCAUACACAAGUAGUUGUCAUAGCAACAUGUUCAGCUGUGAUUGGAACUUUCUUCAUCGUGGCUGCGGUAUUGAGAAUAAGGAACUACAUGAAGCGCUGGAGGGAGCAACAAAUAGUAGCACCGCCUGACUAUCACCCUUGUCUGGGACAACCACCCCGGGGACCUCAGAAGGAGGCACAGGAAGCCGUGUCACGAGAAUCCAACGCAAAGACAGCAAAUAGGCAGAGCAGUUCCACAGUAAAGGGAGGUAACCGUUACUACCCGGUGAACAAUCACGGUGCCCCUAGCUCUCCUACAAUGUCGCCUAAACACUGUUUCCUGGACUCCAAUCCGGUCCUGGUGGUCACUGCACCCUCCCCGAUCCCACCCUCCCCCUCCGACUCUCACGCAUCCAUACAGUUUAUCGAUGAGGAGGCAGACAAGGACAUCACACCCCAGCCUUGCCCUGCUGCUGAAGCCCCAGUAGAGAAAGAAUUAUCCCCAGUGAAGUCCCCCAGCCCUAUCAGUGUGGACAGCAUCAGUAGUGAGGGGGAGGUUUGUAAUGAAGACAUGCCCAACCCACAGGUGGCAGCACCAGUAACGACAGCACCCACAGUACCUGUAGUGGCAGCACCAGUAACGACAGCAUCCACAGUACCUGUAGUGGCAGCACCAGUAACAGCACCCACAGUACCUGUAGUGGCAGCACCAGUAACAGUACCCACAGUACCUGUAGUGGCAGCACCAGUAACGACAGCACCCACAGUACCUGUAGUAGCAAUACCUAUCCUGGCAAUAGAGCCGCCCCCUAGUAUAGAAAAGGAGCAGCUGCUUGGCAACAGAUCUGACAGUGUAACAGAGAACACUGUCAUUCCGAGUCAAGACCUCAAUGCUAUGAUGUCCUUUGACACUUCACCCACUGAUGCGUCAUCACCUAGUGAUGUAGAAAUGGUAUCUCCAGAACUACUUUUUGUGACAGCAGGACUUACCCAAUCAGAUGAAAGCCUUUCCUGCUCCCAUAAUGCAUCUUACUCUUAUGGUAACCAGGUGGAAUAUUCCAAUUCUUUAUACAAUAUGGAUGACUGUUUAGGUAACUAUGACAAUGAGGUUGACAUGGACACCUCUUCCACAACCCCAGAUGAGGAUUUGAAACAAAAUGGCUCUUCUGUUACAUCUGAAGCUGGAAACAUGAAUUCAAAUGGACUAGCAUCAGAUGAUCCUUCUUCGUCAUUAUCAUCACCACCCUCCUCCCCUCUUUCAGAAAAUACAGCACAAACAUAUGACAAUAAUACACAGAACAACACAGACUCGUGUGGUAACCUUAUCAACUUGACGUCACUGCCAGAUAAUCUUGAUAUCAUAAGACCAACAUCCCUCCCUAGCAACACUCAAACUGACAUUACGGAUAAUGGGUCAGUCCAAUCUGAAAUGAACUUGACCCGAAAUGGAGCAAUUGCUACAGACAAUCGUGCUUGUGAAACGUAGUGAUGCUUUUGUGAUUAACACUUUUUCCUUUUUUUUAAUGGAUCAAAAUUGAAUAGGAACAAAUUAAUUGUCUGUUCAUUUUCACAAAAAAAAGGAUGUUCAUAUUUUUUAACAAUUUUCAAAGUAUUAUGGUAACUUUGAGAAAUCUUGGAGAAAACUCAGAUGCAGGCCAAUACAAAUGUUUUUCGCAUAUCAUUGUGAGGAAAAUAUUUAAAAGUACAUGAUAUGGGUUAUAACCAUAAAACCACUGGUAUAUGGACGACCUUUCCAAACUGAAAAUUUGUCAUACACAGAAAGUGAGAAUCGUGAAUUAGUGACAGAGAUACCAGAUUCUAAAGGAAAGGAUAUUGGAAACAGAAAUUUGAAAUGUGAUGCCUUUGUGCCAGCAAGUGUAAGGAUUAUCUUUGGAAUGGAUUCUCAGAAAUACCAGAGGGGAUUUACGUGUAAAGCUUUCAGGAGCAUUGAAUGUUUUGUACUUUUGUAAAGCACUUACCAUAGACCUUUGGGAACUUAGCAAUAUCUAUAUCAAUGUAUUGUUCUGUUGUUUCCACUUUGUCUCGUGUGUAUAUAAGUCAUCACAUUUCUCGCCAGUCCUAUUUGUGAUCUGACAUGGAAUGAUCGAUUUGUUUUUUUAAAUGUUUCAUUCGACUGCCUGGUGUGUGGUAAACUAGGAAACGUGUGUAUAAAGCAGUGCUAGCUUGACCUAAUUAUAGGAUCAGGUCAUUUUAACUGUCAGGCUGAUUGAAGGUAAUCUAGCAUAAAGUCAAAACAUAUAGGAGUUCUUGCAGAGAAUAAAAGCUGGGUACCACUUGUGGUGUAGAAAUUACUUGCCGAUCUAGAGCACCUGUUUGUUCUAUGUUGUUUCCUGAAGAGGGCUUCGUUCAGGAUACCUUAGGCUUUUGUUUUGAUGUCUGUUUGGAUAAGUUUCUGUUGUAUCAACUUAAAUUUCAGGAAUUGUUUUGUAUUUUGACACCGAUGAUAAUAAAUAUAACAUUUUUUUAAAUUGAUCAUAAUUGGAAUUUGUACAAAUUUAAAAAACAAACCUCUCGGUACAAAAUCUAAAGGAUCGAAUCCGACCAUGAACACUUUAUUAUUUGUAUAAACUCAAACAGUGGCCCAUGUACUGAUUUGCAGAAAACUUUGAAAAGAAUAUGUCAGCUUAAGAAAGGAUUUCAUCAGCAACUAAUAUCUAAUUUUAAUAUAAUUCGAUAAUGUAACAAAAAGUAGUGGAGAUAGUCAUUAAAUCCACUGAGAUUGUUAUAUAUUCUGUAACCUAAACUGUAAAAAUGGUUUUAAAUUAUCAAAUCAUAUCUCAUUGAAAUAUAUGCUUGUUAACAUGCUUUUCAAAUGUAUGCUUUACAUGGUACAAAUAAUCCUAAUUUCACCGAAGAAAAACCCAUGCUAUUUAGACAUUCGGAACUUGUUUAAACUUGUUUUACAGGUGAUGUUUAGACACAGAGAAAUACCCCAGAAUGCGUGUAUGAGACAACAUUUAUAAUAAUUUGUAUUAAAACUACGAUUUAUUUGAUUAUUUUUAUAUAUUUUGGGGAGUUUUCGGGAGAUGAAAAUUCUGAUCUUGAGGUUUGUCUUCGUAAAUCCGUUUUCCUGGUGUAAAUUACACAUUACAUAGCUUUCAGAUACAUAUUUACUAUAGCAACCGGUCUUUUGUAUUUCAAAAUAAAAGGAUUAAAUCCGUCAAACACCCUUGGUAAAAUCUUCCUGUCCGACUUGUAUGUGACCACAGCAUAAACUACUCUUACUUCAUAUAGCUAAAUAUCAAUUUGUGUCCUGUUGACACACAGUAUGCAAAAGAUAGAAAAGUAGGCUGGGACUCCAUUAAGGUCAAAUGUUACAUAAAAAUAAAGCUUUAACAUCCAAAUAUUUAUCCCCGGCUUUCUCAUACGCAAGACGGAUCAACUCACGUUACUCAAACGUGCCAAAGGAACUCCUAUCAGAGAUUCUAGCACAAAUGAUACACGUUGACAGGAUCAAUCGACCUCUCACCUACACCUGUCUUAGAAAAGUCUCCACCUGGAUUGGCAGGUGGCUGAUGAGAAAGACAAAUCUGACAUGUCCGCAGGCACGCAUGUCUGAGUACGGACACCUCUGUCAGCCUCCACACGUGUAGCAGAAUCUGUGGAUAUUGAUGCACCGCUUGGGCUGUUGCUGCAGUAACAUAUCCUGACAAGUGGUAGCACCAAUGGCUUAUCACAACAACAAGAAAUGGCAGCUCCGGAGGACAGAAGAAUCAUGAACAGGUAAAACUGGAAAUAAUUCUGUUAAUUCUUCAGCACAAUGAUGUCCUAGGAGAGAUCUGAUGUCUGGAUCACUUUCGAACCAGGGAUGAUCGACAAGGUAAACACCCUAACCUGUCCUGGAAGAAACUUGUAUAAAAUCAUGCAGAAAUCCUUCCUGAAGGACAUUGUCCCAAAUAGUUAUCAACACGUGAAAUCCACUUAUUAGGUUCGGGGGAGCAUGGUUUUCAAUCACUGAAUACUGUGAUCCUAUAGCUAUUGGUAAGAAAAAGAAUCUGCAAGGGUCAGAUGAAAUUAGGUGUCGGAGAUCCGCCACAUUUACCAGAGCGUUGAUGUAACCAAACAAUCGAGGAAAAUAAUUUUUCACUUGAGUCCAAAACAAGUCGAUGAAAGACAGAGAUAAUUCAAUGACCUUAGAGAAUGUUCCUUCCGCUUUGAAAAAUGAUGCUGAACAGUUUGUGAAAUCCGUUUCUAGCGAAGACAACGCAUGAUCCUUGCUUCAUCCUUCAAGGCUAGAGUCGUUAAUAUAUCCAUUUGAAAACAAUAGAAAAUGCGCACACAGGUAAACCAGAUCAUUAAGCAAUACAAAUGACUGCAUGUGUGACCACGAGGACAAAACGAUGCCGAGGUUAAUAUCAAAGGUUUAAAACAUCUCCUGUACAGGUAUAUGUAGAUAAUAGCAAAAUCUAAUCAAGAUUUAUUCACCGGCAUUUCAGAAACCGCAUUUACAUAAUCUGAAGUCGGGCAGAUGAAACCUCCAUUCGGUUUAAUUUGGUGAUUCAGUUAUAUUAUGUAUUGAGAUACGAACGAUGAAUGGUUGUAAUAAAUAUGCAUACUAAUGUGAUAGUCAUUAUUGCUGAAAUGGAAUCUAUUAGUUCAAGUUAGACUUAGUUAUACUCUAUAUUGGAAAGUUUGCGCCCACUCAAAUAUCGCCUGGCUACCACACGAGACCAGUUUUCGCCCAGUGUUAAUUUCAGUCUUCACAUUUCAUUGUAAUGUUGUUAUAUUCUCUGUAAUGAUAAAUUCGCCCUCGUCACAGGGGGCGAUAAAGGUGAACACGAAAUUGCAGCAAAAGUUCCCCUUCACACAGUAGAAGGUUAGGGAGCACAUCAUGCUAAAUAUUAUCACUGCAUAGGUAGUAUAGACUUGGUUCGAACUUCAAUAUGACAUCAUGUGGAAUUCAAAUCGACAGCUUUUGUGAUACUUUGGACGUCCAGGUACUCGGGCCACUGUUUUAGUAUGUAAAUGUGUAGUCAUAUUGCUAUUCGCAACAGCUUUCACAGUAUUCAUUGAUUUUUCUGGAAUAUAUUUACGAGUGCUGAUGAACCCUUCUUGUGUAUUUAAAAUAAUUGAAUCGUUUGAGGAAAACAAAAUACCCAAAUAAUCACCGUACUUAGAAAGGAAAAAAGGUUUUCUUUAUGCUAAUAUGAUACUAUGUCUGUUCCAUUCUUCCGUUGAGCUUAGUAUUUGAGCAUAAGUAAUCUCGAGAUGUACUCGAAGUUUGGAUUGAUAUUAAAUAAAUGGAAGAUAUUUAUAUGUUAAUUUUAGUGGAGCAAGCGGAAAACACCCAACUAUCUCAAUCGUUUAACAGAUGAAUUGCAACAGGAGGCACGGUAGCUAUAGUGUAGUGGUAGGACGCCGGGCUCAUGACCGAAGGGUUGCGUGUUCGAGUCACGGCACGGCACUGUGUUGUAUAUUUGAGCAGGAUACUUUACUUUGCUUGUCCAAAUCUUCUCGGUUGUAAAUGAGUACUUGGUUGGGCAGUGCUAGAAUAGUUUAAUGCUAGCCGUUAGCGCCGAAAUGGCAGCUCCGGCUGUAUGGAGUUGAGAGAGAUAUUGGCUGAUGAAAAGUUAUUUUUUACACAACCAAUACAAAUUUCUAUGUGACGUGUCGAUGACAAGUACGAUUUGGUGACAGUGUACAUAUCGUACUAGUCAUCGAAACGUCACAUAGAAAA